AUGCUGAAAACGAGUGCAGUCUUUUUUAUUCAGGAAUUGGAUGCAAUGUCGUGGAUCAAAGCACCGCGUCAAAUUCUUUCCCUUGGUAUGUACAAAGUAACCGAGGAUGAGAGAAUUUCAAUUGUGCCACCGACCCUGUUGAAAAAACGAGGUUUCAACCUUUUGAUUUAUCCGGUUACAAAGGCGGAUAAUGGGAUGUAUCGUUGCUCCAUCGCGAUUGGUGGAGAUACGCAGUCCAAGACCUACCGAUUGAACGUUCUUUUACCUCCCAGAAUAACCAAAGCACCUGGGCCAAUACUGAAGGUGGUGGAGGGAGACGCCCUGCAAGUCUCCUGCUUUGCCGAGGGGAAUCCACCCCCGGUGGUGACAUGGCUCAUGGAGGUGGCCAAAGGAGGGAUCCAAAUCUUGCCGUUGCGCUUCACCAAAGACGGCUUCGAGCUUGCACGCAAUGUGCUCAAGAGCCUGAGCGUAGAUUUCGUCGAAAUGAAUGGCUACCUGCAAAUAUCACAGAUCAAUCGCCAAAUGAGUGGAACGUUAGCCUGCCAAGCAGUGAAUGGAGUUGAACCAAAGGCUGUUCGCAAAAUGCGGCUGGAUAUACGAUUUCCACCGGAGAUUCAAGUUGCGAAUUCCUUGAUCAAACAAUCGCUAGGUGGUGACACUGUUCUUCAGUGUCAAGUGAAUGCUAAUCCCAUGGGGAUUGUUCUUUGGACCUUCGGGAAAGCUAAGACUCCCAUUAACGCCUCUUCCUGCAGCAUUCUCACUAACAAGGCCGUCAAGUACUGUGUCGUUGAUUCUCGUCAAAAACAUGAGGAGCGGUGGCCAUCGGUUAUAUCGAAGCUGCAUAUCUUGAGGCUGACGGAGGAGGAUUUCGGCGAUUAUACAUGCGGCAUGAUCACGAUGAUGGGAAAGCAUGCGGCCAGCACAACCCUUGAGAGAUACGUUGCGGAAUCCGAACAGUCUAUGCGAUUGUUUAACGACCCUUUCUUCAAUUUGCCUCUUCAGACGACAACUACAAUGCCAAUCCUGGACCAUCAGUAUAAUUUAGACAGCUCCAAAGAUUCGCUUUACGGAUAUUCGCAUUUUCGGGAGAAGAAAAAACCGCUCAUCACCAAGGUCCUCUAUGCAGAUGCGACCUCGGCCGCUACGCAAACGAUGCCUGCGAUAAGCAUAAUACUAGCCGUGCAGUACAUCCUGGAAAGAUGA